AUGAACGUAAUGCACGAUAGCGGACGUGCUGGAAAACAAGGCAAAGCGAUAACAUUCCUCACACCGGAUGACAGUGCAGUAUUCUAUGACUUGAAGCAAUGUCUGUUGGAAUCACCUCUAUCAUCCUGUCCUGCCGAAUUGUCCAAUCAUCCCGAAGCUCAGCAAAAACCUGGAACAUUUACUACGAAAAAGCGUCAAGAUGAGACAUUGUUUAAAUGA